AUGGAACAGAUCCUGCUGUGUAACUCUACCUGUGUGGGCUCUCACAGAGAAGACGGUGGUAUGGGCACUUUACGUGGUGGACAUUCCAUGGCGGCGGGGCCUCAGCUUCCUGCUCAGUCAGCCACCUCGCCAGACCUCAACCAACCUGACCCUUAUCGAGCUCUGUCUGGAGGCCUUCAAGGCCAGAGCACCUCCUCGGUCAGCUCGGAGAUCAAAUCGGAGGAUGAGGGCGACGAGAACCUCCUGCAGGACUCCAAGCCUUUGGACACCAAGAAGGAAGACCUCGACAGCAAGGAUCUCAAAGGAAUUGAUAGGUCAAGAUCUAGCAACAACGAUGACGAGGACCUGUCCCCGGAGCAAAAGAUGGAGAGGGAGAGGGAAAGGAGGAUGGCCAACAAUGCGCGGGAACGCCUGCGAGUACGCGACAUCAACGAGGCAUUCAAGGAACUGGGCAGGAUGGUCCAGCUACACCUAAAGAGCGACAAACCGCAAACCAAGUUACUAAUCCUUCACCAAGCGGUGGCAGUCAUCCUCAGUCUGGAGCAACAAGUCCGAGAGAGAAACUUAAACCCAAAGGCGGCCUGCCUGAAACGCCGCGAGGAGGAGAAGGUCACUGUGUCGUCGGACGGGAACCCCCUCUCACUGGCUGCUGCACACCACGCGGCCAUGGGCGACGGGUCCAACCCAUUGGGACAAAUGUCCAAGGUGCCAGAGUUCAUCAAGAUGAUGAGUGACCACUUCCUCUGACAGCGUUCCCUUGACAUCCCAGCAAUCAAUCAGUGUUGCUUCAGCCAGACCAAUCAAGAAUUAUUGUUUGACCAAUCAGCUCCGCCAUCGUAUCUCUUCUCGUACGUCUCUCUCACCUUCCUCUUCAUUUUUGUUCCCUUCUUCGAGAAAACAAACUGCCAAUCAUCUCCAGCUCGAAUUAACUUUGUGGAGACGUUCAAUGGCCGAAGUGUCGUUUUUUUGGGGAGAUUUUGUCAGGAAGCAAUGGGAUAAAACUAUGGAAUCGCCAAUCAUUCAAGAAAGAAUCAACGUACACGACAACAAGCAUUCCCUGUUUUAAAGGACAUCGGGCUUCUAUAUAAGGUAUAUGUAGUACUGUAUAUGUAUAUUAAAAGAAGAAAAAUGACAUGCAUACCAUACGGGGGAGACAACAAAACAUAUCAAGUAUUAAAACAAGAUUUUUUUUAGAGCGACAUUGUGCAGCCUCAGCAUGUCUCUGACUGAACGGCAAUCUAAUGCCACACUGUGGAUGAAACUGUGCCUGACAUCCUCCAGGAUGCAAAACAGUCAGACGGAUACACAAGGAGAAACAACUCGUAGAUUCCCCUCCGGGCCACAAGCCUUUUAGCAAGGCAAAUCACAAAGGUCAACAAUGUAAUGUGUUAUAGCCCCUCUCAUUUAUGUCUAUAGAUCACAAAAUACCAUCUGUACUUUGCAAAUAGACUGCAAAACUGUACAACUGAAAACUUUGGAGCGCUAACACAAACAUAUUGAACAGUUCAACCUAAUUGGUCUGCGUAGAUCAGGGGUGUCAAACAUGAUCCGGGAUGAGUUUGCUAAGUAUAAAAAUGAGCCGAAAUUUUUGAAUGAAAGAAACCGCUCUUCUAAAUGUGUCCACCAGAUGUCGCAAUAGCAAUUAUUUGUAUCUUUGUAGAUGAUGCUACAUAUGUAAAAAGAAAUAAACAACAUGAUGUUAGUGCACCAGUCGAGGAAAAUGAGCAAACUACAUAAAUAUCAUCCUGUAAUUUGAUUUUGAUAUAAUUUUUUUAUAGAUUGAAAAUCAACACCAAUGACUGAUGAACAUUAUCACAUAAUUUAUUCAGAAAGUAUAAAUAACGACAAAUAAAGAUAGAAUACACAUUUUUUUAAAAACAACAACGUUAUGAUUUGUACAUUUUCAGAUUUUGUUCUAUUUUUAAACAAAGAAAACAAUCUGAAGUUGUCUUUAUUUUUAAGUUAUUGUGCCGUGAUUUUACCAGUCCGGCCCACUUGGGAGUAGAUUUUUCUCCAUGUGACCCCCGAACUAAAAUGUGUUUGACACCCCUGGCGUAGAUCUACUUCCGGGGCAAAAAUGGAUCAACUGAAGGACUGAAAUAUUUGAAUCACCCGAGGUUCGGAGAUAGCAGAAACAAAGAGUCAUGCAGCCAUUGCAGUCAUUUCAACCCAGUUCAGGAUUUAAAUGAGUUUUUCUCCUUUUGAAAUAAUGGAAAUUCGUUCUAGCAAUCAGACGUCAUUUAAAUACCACCCAGGUAGUGUUCCAUAUGUUUAAUGUAAAGCUGAUAUACAAACCACGUAGCCGACAUUAUCAAUGAUCAAUACUGCUUUCAAAGAUCGUUUAACUUCUUCAGUUGUAUUGUCUGCAUUACCACAGUUGAACCUGUUCAAGUCCAAACAGCUAAGUCUAAAGUCUGGAGUAUGCUCCUGUCUGAUCACUAAACCGUCCGCUACAACACCGUCUAUAUCCGGUUAAACUUUUGCUGCGUUGAAUUCUCUGCCCAAACGCUAGGGGGUUUUCCUGAGAGUGAGAUACCACAACUCUUGACUAUUUUGCGUCCUGUGUGGUAGUGAACAAUAGUGACUGAAACAGCGUUCAAUCUGAAAAUGCUGCUUUCUCCAGAAGGAAAACUGGAAAGGUUACAGACUGUCCGGGAAUUAUGUAUUCAAAAAGCCGACCAAUCACAGCUCUGCAGUGUGCGUCGCAAUUGACGCAAGGUUAUAUUUUUGCAGGUGUACGUCACUCUCAAAAAGGGGGAGGAUCAAACCGGCGCCAUGAUGCUGUAGCACAGGGGUCCCCAAACUACGGCCCGCGGGCAUGAUACGGCCCAUUAUCGCCCAAAGUCCUGAGUAAAAAAAACUUUUUUUAAUCUGUCCUUUCUAGCCCAUCUAUCAGUCCAUUUUCUACCGAUUGUUACUCUCGGGGUCUCCUAGCCACUCCGGAAAAUCAUAUUUGACAUAAUUACGUACGCACGUAAACACAUACACACGCAUUAGCUUUAGGUGUUGUUAGCUAAUAAUAGCAAUUUGGAUAGCAUACGUUAGCUGUCAUUGAGUGUAUAUUCUAUCACAGGGGUCCCCAAACUGCUACCAGACACGGCCCACUAGCGUCCAAAAUCCAGCCCACGGGUAGUCCCGAGUAAAAAUAAAAACAUAUAUAUAUAUAUAUAUACCGGUAUAUACAUAUAUUGGGGACGGCGUGGCGCAGUUGGGAGAGUGGCCGUGCCAGCAACCUGAGGGUUCCUGGUUUGAUCCCCACCUUCUACCAACCUAGUCACGUCCGUUGUGUCCUUGAGCAAGACACUUCACCCUUGCUCCUGAUGGGCCGUGGUUAGGGCAUUUUUUUUUUAAAAUUUUAUCUGUCCUUUUUAGCCCAUCCAUCAAUCCAUUUCCUACCGCUUGUUACUCUCGGGGUCUCCUAGCCGCUAUGGCAAAUCAUAUUUUCUAAAUAUGCAUUUUCCCAUCAAAAACGUGUCAGUCAAUUAGUGCGCGAGUGAAAAAAAAUGCGAAAUUAUUGGGGAAACGUAAAAUAGACUCAUAGUGCAGAGUUUUUAAACAUCAGUGGAUAUGACUUUUUUUUGUUCAGUAUAAGGAAAAUGCAAUUAUUUUAAUCUGCAAUGAGACAGAUUAUAUAUAUAUAUAUACACACAUAAGGUCAGGAAAAAAUACAGAGGCUAUUUUAUCCCGACAGGUUUCCCGGCUCUUCAGGGGAUUUUAAAAUAGCCUCUGUAUUUUUUCCUGACCUAACGUAUAUUCCGCUCUACCCCGGUAUUGAGCACUGUAUAACGUAUAAACCACAGAAACCUUGACUAUUAAUAGAUAUAUAUAUAUAGCCUGGCCCCUGGUCAAUUUUUUUUAACCCAAUGCGGCCCCAGGGUCAAAAAGUUUGGGGACCCCUGCUGUAGCAUAACCCAGACUUCAACCAACUCAGUCAACCAACUCAUCAAGUUCUGCUCCACCGACAAUUUCUGUCUAGAUAAAAUUCAGGACCCAGAGGGGUUAUUUUUGUGUAAAAUCCGUUCGUUGGUAUUGCUGCCGUCAUUUGAAUAAAUUUGUUGUGAGGUCAAAACCAAUAAAAACAACGAAGAGUGAGACAAGACAUGAAAAGAAAAGAACUGCCCCUCGCCUUCAAACCUUUAAAUAGGACCAAGGACUUUGUUCGUGGUAGACUUCUUAGCAGUCCUACAACAAAGAAUGCAAUCAUUUCAAUUUUGCCCAAAUGGAGGAAAACGAUGUCAACAAACUUCAAUAUGUCAAAAAUAUUUUGACUAUCGCCCGUCCUUACGUCUCUGGCGACAGUAACAAGCAAAAGUGUGUGAUGGUUAUUUUCGGUUAAGUUGACAACCGCUUAUGUUGAGUUAAACGGGUUUCACUGUUUUUUUUCUUCUUCUUUGGGUUAUUGUCACUGUCACACAGUUUCAGUACACAAAAAGACAAAAGAAAAUGCAAAAAGUCAAGACUGGAAGGCACCACUUUGUCUCAUUUCCUUCAAUUUUAAGUAAUCUUUAAGUUGUUUCAUUGCCAAACUGUUCGAGUUUACUCGAGUCAACCUUUUGCAUUUAAAAUGACUUGUUUGAGGAGUCAUUAGGUCAAAUAUGGGAAUACGCAACAAUAGGAGUCCCGUCCAAUGCCUGAUGGAAUCACAUUGCAUUGAAUAUUAAACAGAGGUCAACCUUCUGGCAUUCUGAAAUCUUUCUAGAGUUCAUACAAAAGCCAUCAGUUUUAGGUCCCCAAUCUCAGUGCUGUCAUUUAUGUCGACCCGAGCCUUAUGAGCACCAAAACCAUCCUCGAGCCUCCUGACACAAUGCAUCCCUUCCACCAGAGCGCGGUCCCACAGAUGCAAUUUGAACGUUCACAUUUCUACCGACGUGCCUUUUUAGAGUUCAUAUCAUUGGAGUUGCCGGAGGAAGACAUUGACCUGGUCUUUUCAUAAGAUGCAAGCUUAGGGAGACCUGUUAUUAGUCGUUAGGUUCUAUGCAGUCAGGUUUUUGUACCAGACCUGGUAAUUAAAAAAAAAAAAAAAAAAGGUAUCAAAACAUUCAUUUAAAAAAAAGUAUUUUUGAGAUUUAAAAAAAACCCUAAAAAAAAAAUUCAAUGUAUUUGAUGUACUGUAUGCUUACGUGUAACUAGAGCGUGUUCUGGCUACAAGCCGUCAGGACAGGCACUUGAUUUAGCAAAACAAGCCCUUGUCCUAGUUCUUCCCGUCCCUUGGAAGUCCACCAUUCACCCCAAACCCCUCAAGCCCGGUUUUCACGGUGAACAAAAGCGUCUUUUUCUUGUAUUAUAGCUUAUCAGUUUUUUAUUAAUAUUUGAUGGGCUUUUUUCCUUGAGCCGAUGUAGUCUUCAGUACGUGUGUGGUUGUAUGUUGUAAAGCUUUAUUUUUGGUUUUCUAAAGGAAAAUAAUUUUCAUGUUCAUUUUUUUUAUUUGUAUGUUCUGGUUUACAUGUAUAUUAUAGAAAAUGUGAUUUAAAAAAAAAAAAAAAAAUACAAAUAAAAAAAUAAAAUAAAAAUCAACACAAUUUGCUACCAUUAGUGUUCUCUGAAAAAGGGUCAAUUUAAACGGUUAAAAUCAUACACAAUCAACAGAAAGGCACGGAAACUGGAAAUUAAAUCUAUUUGAAUAAAUCAAUCUAUAUAUAAAUGUACAAAUAUAUAUACGAUAUAUAAGAAAGGUAACAUUUUCCUUUUUUAUUUUAUUUUAUUUUCUGUUUUUUUAAGGAGUGUUUGUUUGGGGGGGAAUUAUUUUUUCCUAAGACUGAACUGUCAGAUUCCCGUUGUUAUAAAAUGAUUUUUUGUUGUUGUUGCCAUGACGACAUCUUACUCUGUUUAAUAUGGCGCCCUGCACAGGACAAAAAAAAAGGCACCGGCGUCCCAACCACUACUCUCACGGCUCUCCAUCAUGGCGGCGACACACAGACAUUGUAAAUUGUAUGCAACAAAACAGCAAACUCAACCCAUAUUUUAAAGCUGGUGUAUGUAAAAGUUAUAUUUUUACAUGUCGAUGUUGUUAUUUGUGUUUUAGAAAAAUAUGGUCUGGUUUUGUUCGGGCGGUCAUUUUGAAAAAAGUGUGUUUAAAAAAAAAAAAGACAUAUUGAAAUUGUUUUGUUUUUUUACCGUAAAAUGAGGGAUGAAAAGAUCAAAAAUGAUAUACAGUAUGAUAUUUGUUCAAAUCCCCAUGCCUCAUUAUAUUACUAUUGUAAUUGUAUUUUUUCCAGAGAAAUGUGUAAAUAGUCGAACCAUUUUCUGUGAGGUUUCAGUGGGGUGAUGAUGAUGAUGAUGAUGAUGAUGACGAUGAACCUGUUUUGAAUAAAAUUGUAUCUGUCUGGUUACAAUAGCCAGUUGCCAACUUUCCAUUGUCUCAGUACUCAGUACUGUUGUUCCAGUGGCAGACCAUUGGAAAACUACACCAGGCCAUGUUAGACUAUUUUGAAUGAGCAAAAAAUAAUUGUGCAAAUCUAAUUAGCCAUUAAAUUGGCAUACUACUAUUUUGAUUAUCCUUUGAUAUACAGUGUUUGUCACAACAAUCCCCAACAAAAACACAGAGUGUGUACUUUAAAAUAAAGUUCUCGGAGAACAUUUAUAUACAAAACCAGUGAAGUUGGUACGUUGUGUAAAUUGUAAAUAAAAUCAGAAUACAAUGAUUUGCAAAUCCUUUUCAACCUAUAUUCAAUUGAAUAGAUUGCAAAGACAAGAUACUUAAUGUUAGAACUGAGAAACUAAUAAUCAUUAACUAAGAAUUUAAUGGCGGCAAAAAAGUUGGCACAGGGGCAUUUUUACCACUGUGUUACAUGGCCUUUCCUUUUAACAACACUCAGUUUGUGGUAUUUUACGCUUCAUAAUGCGCCACGCAUUUUCAAUGGGAGACAGGUCUGGACUACAGGAAGGCCAGUCUAGUAACCGCACUCUUUAACUACAAAGCCACGCUGUUGUAACACGUGCAGAAUGUGGCUUGGCAUUGUCUUGCUGAAAUAAGCAGGGGCGUCCAUGAAAAAGACAUUGCUUUGGAUGGCAACAUAUGUUGCUCCAAAACCUGUAUGUACCUUUCAGCAUUGAUGGUGCCUUCACAGAUGUGUAAGUUACCCAUGCCUUGGGCACUUAUACACCCCCAUACAAUCACAGAUGCUGGCUUUUGAAAUUUGCGCCUAUAACUGUCCGGAUAGUUCUUUUCCUGUUUAGGAGACGACGUUCACAGUUUCCAAAAACGAUUUGAAAUGUGGACUCGUCAGACCACAGAACACUUUUACACUUUGCAUCAGUCCAUCUCAGAUGAGCUCGGGCCAAGCCGGCGGCGUUUCUGGGUGUUGUUGAUAAAUGGCUUUCGCUUUGCGUAGUAGAGUUUUGACUUGCACUUACAGAUGUAGCGGCGGACUGUAGUUACUGACAGUGGUUUUCUAUUCCUGAGCCCAUGUGGUGAUAUCCACCAUACACUGAUGUCGGUUUUUGAUGCAGUACCGCCUGAGGGAUCAAAGGUCACGGGCAUAUCCGCUUACGUGCAGUGAUUUCUCCAGAUUCUUUGAACCUUUUGAUGAUAUUACGGACCAUAGAUGUUGAAAUCCCUAAAUUCCUUGCAAUUGCUCGUUGAGAAAUGUUGUUCUUAAACAAUUUGCUCCCACAUUUGUUCACAAAGUGGUGACCCUCGCCCCAUCCUUGUUUGUGAAUGACUGAGCAUUUCAUGGAAGCUGCUUUUAUACCCAAUCAUGGCACCCACCUGUUCCCAAUUAGCCUGUUCACCUGUGAGAUGUUCCAAAUAAGUCUUUGAUGAGCAUUCCUCAACUUUCUAAGUCUUUUUUGCCACCUGUGCCAGCUUUUUUUAAACAUGUUGCAAGCAUCAAAUACCAAAUGAGCUAAUAUUUGCCAAAAAUAACAACGUUUACCAGUUUGAACGUUAAAUAUCUUGUCUUUGCCGUCUGUUCAA